AUGUACUUUCCUUCUUUCUCUUUUUCUUUUUUCCCGCUUUUAUCUUUGAUGUUAAAUGCGAAGGGGGAUGAGAUAGUCUAUCUAUCUAUCUAUCUAUCUAUCUAUCUAUCUAUCUAUCUAUCUCAGUCUCUUCAUAAUAUCUCUCUCUCUCCCAGUCUUCAUCUAUCUAUCUAUCUAUCUCAGUCUCUUCAUAAUAUCUCUCUCUCUCCCAUCUUCAUCUAUCUAUCUAUCUAUCUCAGUCUCUUCAUAAUAUCUCUCUCUCUCCCAGUCUUCAUCUAUCUAUCUAUCUAUCUCAGUCUCUUCUUUAAUAUCUCUCUCUCCCAGUCUUCAUCUAUCUAUCUAUCUAUCAGUCUCUUCAUAAUAUCUCUCUCUCCCAGUCUUCAUCUAUCUAUCUAUCUCAGUCUCUUCAUAAUAUCUCUCUCUCCCAGUCUUCAUCUAUCUAUCUAUCUAUCUAUCUAUCUAUCUAUCUAUCUAUCUAUCUCUCUCAGUCUCUUCUUUAAUAUCUCUCUCUCUCCCAGUCUUCAUCUAUCUAUCUCUCUCUCCUUAAUAUCUCUCUCUCUCCCAGUCUUCAUCUAUCUAUCUAUCUAUCUCAGUCUCUUCAUAAUAUCUCUCCCAGUCUUCAUCUAUCUAUCUAUCUAUCUCCGUCUCUUCAUAAUAUCUCUCUCUCCCAGUCUUCAUCUAUCUAUCUAUUUCAGUCUCUUCAUAAUAUCUCUCUCUCUCUCCCAGUCUUUAUCUAUCUAUCUAUCUAUCUAUCUAUCUAUCUCUCAGUCUCUUCAUAAUAUCUCUCUUUCUCCCAGUCUUCAUCUAUCUAUCUAUCUAUCUCAGUCUCUUCAUAAUCUCUCUCUCUCCCAGUCUUCAUCUGUCUAUCUAUCUACCUAUCUAUCUCAGUCUGUUCGUCUCAGUUUGUUCAUCUAUCUAUCUAUCUAUCUAUUGACUAUCUCUACUCUAUUCUGUUUGCUCUAUCCUUUUUUUAUAUCUCUCUUGCUCUGUCCGUCUUUUUAUAUCUCUCUCGCUCUAUUCCUCUUUUUACCUCUCUGUUUCUAUCGUUCUACCUCUCUGUUUCUAUCGUUCUACCUCUCUGUUUCUAUCGUUCUACCUCUGUUUCCCUUUCUCUUUUGUUCUGUCCGUCUGUUUCUCCUUAUUUCUAUUUCUGUCUGUCUGUUUCUCUUCUUUCCGUUUUACCUGUUUCUCUUUCUAUCAUUCUCUCUUACACACACACACACUGAUCUCUCUCUCUCUCUCUCUCUCUCUCUCUCUCUCUUUCUCACUCUCUAA